AUGGCCGCCACCGACAAGGAAAACAGCCCGCCGGUGCUGCUCGAUCUCACAAUCGACAACAUCACGCCCAACACCAUCCGCAUCAACGACCAGUCCCCCGACGCCCGGCUGCGCUACCUCAUGGCCCGCCUCGUCACCCAUCUCCACGACUUUGCCCGCGAAACCCGCCUCAGCACCGACGAGUGGAUGGCCGCCAUAUCCUUUUUGGUGCAGACGGGCCAGAUCUGCAGCGACGUGCGCAACGAGUUCAUUCUGUUGAGCGACAUCCUGGGCCUGUCGCUGCUCGUGGACAGCAUCAACCACCCGAAGCCGACCGGGUCCACCGAGGGCUCGGUGCUGGGGCCCUUCCACACGCACGAUGCGCCGACGCUGGCCAACGGCGCGUCCAUGACGUCGGAUCCGGACGGCGAGCCGAUGCUGGCGCUGUGCCGGGUGGUGGACCCGAACGGCAAGCCCGUGGCGGGCGUCAAAGUGGACAUUUGGGAGACGGACAGCUCGGGCCACUACGACGUGCAGCACGCGGACCGCGACGCGCCCUCGGAGCGGUGCGUGAUGGUGUCGGACGAGGACGGCCGGUUCUGGUUCCAGGGCAUCAAGCCGGUGCCGUACCCGAUCCCGCACGACGGUCCAGUGGGCAAGCUGUUGACGCGGCUGGGACGGCACUGCUGGCGCCCAGCUCAUGUGCACUUUAUGUUUGAAAAGGAGGGAUGGGACCACCUCAUUACCGCACUGUACCUGCGCGGCGAUCCGUACGAGACGUCCGACGCGGUCUUUGGCGUCAAGAAGAGCCUGGUCGUCGACCUGGGCCGCACCGACGCCGCCGUGUCCGCGAAAUACAAUGUGCCCGAGGGCACCCUGCUGCUGGAGCAGGAGUUUGUGCUCGUCACCAAGGACGAGACGGAGCGGCUGCGUGACCAGAACGCCGUCGAGGCGCUCAAGACGCUGGGGCUGCACAUGAAGCUGGUCGACCACCUGCCCGUGCCGGAUCUCGACUAG